AUGGAGUCAUUUGUACAAUUGGUAGAAAAUUGCUGUGCAAGAGGGAUUGCAGCGCAGCAAUUCCUUAAUUUCUAUCAUGAAUUUAUUAAUGAGAAGUAUGAAGCAAGCUUGAACAAUGGGAAUGAGGAGCGUGAGGUGGAGUCUCGGAAGCAGGUUUUCCAGCAUGUUUCUGAGGAGCUACUUACGGUUUUGCAGUCUUGUAGUGGGAACCAGGAGACGCUUCUUGCGGAGUAUAUGGUUCAUUUAGUGUUUAUCAAUUACGAUACAGAUCUCAGUUCUGCGUUGUUGCCUCGGAUAUAUUCGAUUCAGUCUGAGCAGCUUCUGCUUCAUUUCCACAGUUUGGCGACGUCUUUUAUUGGUCGGUUAGAAGAUAACUUGAUCAAGGAUCAGAUGAGGCAGGAUCUUUCCACAUUUAUCAUUCCUUCGUGUCUUCGAAUCGACAUGAGUACUUUCAGCAACCAGUUGUUUAUUGCUGUGGUGAAGUAUCUACAGGCUUUGCUAUCGUUGGUUGAUGGUGUGCUUGAAGUGGAAAUGGAUAAGGAGAAGAUGAAGCUAGCACUAAGUUCGAUUUUGACCAGGGCGAACAAGUUGAACCGGAUUAUGGGGAAGCGUGUGUGUCGGGAUUUCGAGACGAAAUUGAAUGUAUCUCUUGCUUCAGAGCCCAGUAGCAAUAAGCUGGCUGCCAUGAGCUCGCCUGCAAUUUUCUCGCCAUCGCUUGGAAACGGCAUUGGAAGUGGAGCAGGGAUGGGAAGUUUAGCCUCAAGAUUGGUUGGUACACCUGGAUCCGUGAGGCCUAUGGAUAUGAGCGCAUCGUCUUCGGGACCAUCUGCACCUUCGGCAGCAUCUAGGAUUCAGGAUCUCAAGCUCAUAAGAUUCUAUAAGAAUUUGUGGUUGAACAAUAAAAUCCACAAUUUCAACACUACAGAUGCGCAGUUCUUGGAAAAGUUCAGCUCAAUUAAUUAUAGACUAUCGUCAACUGGCAUGGAGGAACACAUGAUGGAAGAAAAGAUAACCGAUUUAAUUGAAACUGCAUACACAUCAUUCGCCCAAUUAGUGAACAACAAACUGUAUCACCAAACAAACACACAUUUCAACCUUUUGGAAAGAAAAUACGUCCAUUUCAUAACUAAGAGGCUACCUUUAAUAAUAAGAGAUUUCUUACCUCAGAAUCCAUCUGUUAUUGUAAAUGCCCUACAAAAUAUGGACGAUAAAGUAAAGAAAGCUAUCAAAUCAUACUACUCUAAUAAAAAUGACUCGCCAGAGAGUAACGAGGACUUAUUCGAUGACUACUCCGGCAAUAAUUUCGAUAUAAGACAUGAUUUCUUGAAGAAUCUGAUUAUGUUGAAUUUAAGACCACCAAGCGUAUUGAAUGUAUUUUUAAGAGAAGAUCAAAUGGUCGAUACAAAGACGUUGAAAACUGACGACUCUUUGAGCAUUGUAAACUCUCAGGGUGUACAAGAGAAAAUUACUGACUUACAUGGUACGUUAAAGUCUUUACUUUCAGACUUAGACAUAGAAAACCAAUACAUUGGCAAUGGUACAAACUACCAAUUUUCUCCAGAUAAUUCGUUAUUAAAGCUACUCAUGUCUUUCGAUACCAUCGCUCCAACCAAGCAGGUUGAGAUCUCUUCGGCUUUCGUGCAAAUACUACAAACUUCAAUAGAAAACUCUGACUUAAAGACCCUAGGGAAAGUUUUAUGGGUAUUAACCACGAACAUCGGACAUGUAACAACCUCGAUGUUAUGUUGUUUAUCACCUGAUCCUUUCAUGAGUACUGUCAUCGGUUUUAUCGACAAGAGACAACAGUCUUCCUCGAUGUCUGCUUCCGACGAACCAGACUUUGAGUCUCUUCAUGGUUACAUAACUUUCGGAAUGGCGUUGUCCUUUAUAGUCUUUAUGAAUAAGACAUAUGGGGUAAAUGUUGAGCAAUACGUUGAUAAUUAUGAUACCUCGUACGCGAUAAAAUUCCUUUCAACAAUUCAAGAAAUUCCAAACUCAUUUGUCCUUCAACAUGGAUCGCCUGAGGAAUCCAACAGUUAUUUACAAAACUGGCUAAAAGACCUUUUCAUUAAUGGUUCUAUUAGCGAUACACAAAUGAAAAAUGCUGAUAUUAAGGAUCUAAUAAACUUGGUACCGUUCAUAUUUAAACAGAGUCUCGUUGCUGUACAAUCAGGUUCAGUUCAGAACAUGUCGAAUAUAUCCAGCGGGUCUGAAUACUUUUUACAACCUUUUAUUCUACCAGGCCUAAUAAAGAUAAUGUUCUGGUUAGAAUACUACCUCAAGUCGUUAAAGAGUAAUAACCCACCUCCUCAAAUUUUAAGUUCUUGUUGGGAGCUCUUAAAUAUAAUAAUAUCACCAUCAUCACUCGAUGACGAUGCUAAAGGCUUGCAUUUUGUGAUACUAAAACUAAACUGCGUCAGGCUCCUAAAUGUUCUUCAUAUGUUCAGAAAUGAUGAAUCCAACAGUGGGCAGUAUGGUGUAUAUGCCACACAUGAGUCCAUCGAUCCAAAACUAGAGAGUUUAAUAUCCAAAUUUGAAUAUGUUGCUUCCAUUUCGAAUAUUUAUGACGUUGAUCCUAAAUUUUACGAGACCACAAAGGAAGGUUAUUCCCAUGGUACUUUGUUUUCAAGUAAAAUACCAAUUACUAAUGAUAUGCCUGUUGAUAAGAUAAUGACUAAUCAACUAAACUCCUUUUGGAACCUUCACAGUAGCACAUAUUAUAAUUACGACUACCUAUUAGAAUUGGUGAAGCUUAUCACUCCAGAGAAAUUCUUACUCGAUUCUAUAAAAACUUUAACAUACAAGGUCGCUGCGUAUGGUGUUCCAGGAAUCCAGGGAAAACUGAAUACCUCUGCUAUAGAACAAGUGGCCAAUUUCUUUGCAUACUUCAUGGUGCUACAUGAUGUUCAAACAGAGGAACAAAGAUUGGCUUUAUUGAACUACAUAGAAACUGGUGUCAUAGCCACAAACAAGGAUAUCGAGGCUAAACCAGAGCCUGAAACUAAAAUAGAUGAUGAUUUUGAUAUGUUGUUCGGAGAACCUUUCAAUAAUACCGUUGAAGAUACCUCUGUUGUCUUUUCUCAAAAUGAUCAACCAAAGGGCAACAGCUUUUCCACAGUCUACCCCGUGUUUGUAGGUACCUUUGGCGUAAUCAUUGCGGAAAUGAAGAACAGAUUCGACAAAAGCAAAGCUCAAGGAAUACUCACCGAGGAAGAAUACCAAAAGUCCACUACAUUCACAAGAAAAUACCUAGACAAUUUGAAGAAUUCUGUUGUAUGA